GCAUCUCUUGAUUUGGAAUUUAGUCGAGUCGAACGAGUGCUGCGAAUCGGACGGCCCGCCGACGACCCGUGCCGGCUUCCGACAACGACGAGCAUGUGGUGGCCGCUGUGGAUGAUCGCGUGCGCCCUGGUGGCCGUCGGCCGCGGCCAGCAGCAAAACUGCCCUUCCAACUGCCUCUGCUUCCGCACCACCGUCCGAUGCAUGUACCUGCACCUGACAGACGUGCCGCAGGUGCCGCAUAACACCACCACCCUGGAUCUGCGGUUCAACAAGAUCAAAGAAAUCCAGCCGGCCGCCUUUCAGAACCUUAGGAAGCUCAACACGCUAUUGCUGAACAACAACCAGAUCUCUCGGCUGCGGAAUGGCGUUUUUUUCGGUCUGGUUGAACUGAAGCAUCUCUACCUGUACAAAAACCGAAUAAAAGAUAUUGAAGCCGACGUUUUCAAGGGUCUGCACAAGCUUGAACAACUGUAUUUGCAUUUCAAUGAUCUUGUUACCAUUCAUCCGGGCACUUUCAAUAACCUCGGCGCCCUCUCGAGGCUGUUUUUGCAACACAACAAGCUGCAGAAAAUUCCGGCGGGUGCCUUCAAGAACCUCGUAUCCCUCGAACGACUACGACUGGACAGCAACGCUCUCGUCUGCGACUGCGAAAUGGUGUGGCUGGUGAAGAUGCUCAAGGAGCAGAUGAAGGACACGCAAACAGCUGCCCACUGUCAGCAACCCGUCGACAUGCAGGGCAAAUCUCUCACACUGAUGACUGACGAUGAUUUCCACUGCCGCAAGCCCGAGAUCAAGGAGGAGCCGCACGACGUUGAGAUCACUUUCGGUGGCACCGUCUACUUCACGUGCAAGGCCGACGGCGACCCGCAGCCAAACAUUGUCUGGCUCAGGAAUAGCCAGGAGGUGGACACGAAUCCGCGCUACUCGGUGCUGGGCGACGGCACCCUUAUGAUUGCCAACGCAGCGCUGGACGAUGUCGGCGUUUACGAGUGUCUCGCGAGAAACUCGGCCGGCCACACCAAAUCCAGAUCUGCGGUCAUGCGGGUUGGACGCACUGUUGCAAAGCCUCGGUUCUCCCUGAACCCUGAGGACUAUUACGGGCACCAAGGUCAGCAGGUCAGUCUGCACUGCACCGCUGUCGGACAGCCCACGCCAAAAAUCACGUGGUCCAGGGACGGCAGGGAAAUCAGAAACACUGACCACAUACGAGUGUGGGAAAACGGCACCCUGACCAUCAGACAUUCGCGGGUCGAGGACUCGGGGCAGUAUCGCUGCUCGGCCACCAACUUCCUCGGGACCAUCAACAGCAUCGUGUUCGUGAAAGUUGUUGGUGCUCCGAUUCUGAGCGAAACGCCAAAGAACGAGAGUGCGAGAGCCGGUGAUUUAGUUCAGUUUCGAUGUCUUGCUAAUGGCCAGCCGGCGCCGACCGUCAGCUGGUACAGGGAGGGCCAGCUCAUUCCUCCCGGGGGUAACGUUGCCCUGCUUGCAAAUGGUCAAAUUUUGCGAAUCGAACGAGUUAAGCUCUCAGACGCGGGCCAGUACACGUGCAUUGCUCGCAAUACGGCCGGCCAAGUUUUUGCCGGCGCGUGGCUCGGAGUGGAAGAUGAACGUCGCGAAGCGCCCGUUUUCCAAGACCAGCCCUACGACAUGACCGUGCCACCUGGGGCGACGGUGGAGGUGCCCUGCAGCGCCUCUGGAUACCCUCACCCUGAAAUCGAGUGGCGCAAGAACAGCGUGCCCAUCGACGAAGACCCGCAGCACAAGAUUGCGUCUGGCGGGAGCUUGUACAUCUAUAACGUCACCUCGGCCGACAGCGGCGAGUACGAAUGCGCUGCUGUGAACGAAAAAGGCAAAAUUUCGGCUAAAGCCACCGUCACUGUCAGAGGCGUUACUGUGGUUGCUGGGCCCGGGGACCAAUUUGUGCAGAGAGCAUAUCAGGAGGCGCAGAGCAAGGUGGACAAAGCUGUGAACGACACCCUGACCUCCCUAUUUGCGCGAACGACCCCAGCCUCUCCUGGAGAACUUCUACGAAUUUUGCGCUAUCCGAAUGCUGAGGCGAGACAAGUUGCUCGGGCGGCUGAAAUUUAUGAAAUCACUCUGGCCAAUGUGAAGAAAUACGUCCUGGCUGGAAUGCAACUCAGCCUUACAGACACCAAAGAUUUUUCGUAUCGGGAGUUGCUGUCCCCAAAGCAUCUGGAGCUGGUUGCAAACCUGUCAGGGUGCAUGCAGCACAGACCGCACGUUGACUGCGACGAUAUGUGCUUCCACACCAAGUACAGGUCCCUUGACGGAACCUGCAACAACCUGAGACACCCGAUGUGGGGCGCUUCCCUUACCGCCUUCCACCGACUUUUGCCAUCAGCAUACGAAAACGGAUUCAAUCUUCCCAUUGGUUGGACAAAAGGGCAAAAGUACUUUGGCUUUGAGAAGCCGAACGCCCGACUCGUUUCCAGCUCUUUGUUGAGCACCACCGACAUCACCCCCGACCACUUCAACAGUCACAUGCUGAUGCAGUGGGGCCAGUUUUUGGAUCACGACAUGGAUCACGCCAUCCCCUCGCUCAGUGGCGAGAGUUACGAGGAUGGCGUGGAAUGUAAAGGGUCAUGCGAGUUUGCGUCCCCUUGCUACCCUAUUCAGAUUCCCGAGCACGAUUUGCGAGGUCGUUUAGACAAGUGCAUGGAUUUUGUGAGGAGCAGCGCUAUUUGCGGUUCAGGAGGCACUUCGGUGCUAUUUGACUCCGUCAACCCCAGGGAGCAGAUAAACCAGCUCACAUCUUUCAUAGAUGCUUCACAGGUCUAUGGAUUCUCAACGGCGGUCGUGUCGGAAUUGAGAGAUUUCAACAGCCAAGACGGACUGAUGAGGUCCAUAACCCUGCCCAGGGUGCAAGGAGAACUUCUGCCGUUGGCAGACCGCGAUUUCAUGGACUGCAGACGAGACCCAAGGGAACACAACAUUGGCUGCUUCAUGGCCGGAGACAUCAGGGCCAACGAACAAGUGGCUCUUCUGGCCAUGCACACCAUUUGGCUCAGGGAGCACAACAGAGUGGCGAAAAAGCUGCGAACAUUCAACCCUCUCUGGGAGUCGGACUCCGUUUUUCACGAAGCUCGGAAAAUCGUAGGUGCCCAGAUGCAGCAUAUCACGUUCACGCACUGGCUGCCCCACAUUUUGGGCCCGUCAGGCAUGGAAAAGCUGGGAAGUUACAAGGGCUAUCAGCCGGACACAGACCCCCGGAUUGCAAACGCCUUCGCAACGGCCGCCUUCCGCUUCGGCCACUCGAUGAUCAACCCCCAGCUGGACCGACUCAACGCCUCUUUCCACCCUAUUCCUGAAGGACCCCUGCCUCUCCACAGGGCAUUUUUCUCGCCCUGGCGUCUCGUUGAGGAAGGUGGCGUCGAUCCCCUGAUGAGGGGUAUGAUUUUCUCCCCUGCCAAGCUCAAGACUCCCCAGCAAACGCUCAACUCUGAUCUGACGGAGAGACUCUUUUCAGCUGCCCACAAUGUUGCUCUUGACCUGGCUGCGAUCAACAUUCAAAGAGGACGUGACCACGGCCUACCCAGUUACAACGAAUACAGGCAGUUCUGCAAUUUGACUGCAGCAGAGUCAUUCCAUGAUCUUCGAAAUGAAAUCAAAAGCAGUGAAAUCCGAGAGAAAUUAAAGAAACUUUAUGGGCACCCAGGAAACAUUGAUUUGUUUGUGGGCGGAAUUCUCGAAGACCAAGUUGACGGAGGCAAAAUUGGACCUACCUUCCAGUGCAUCCUGGUUGAUCAAUUCCGCAGACUCAGAGACGGCGACAGAUUCUGGUACGAGGACCCAGCGGUUUUCACGCCAGCCCAGUUGACGCAGCUUCGGCAGUCAUCGUUGGCGGCCGUUCUGUGUAACAACGGAGACGCCAUCGACCGCAUGACCAAGGACGUUUUCCUGCUGCCGUCAAAACAGAGAUCAGGAAUCAUGUCUUGUGAAGAGUUACCACAAAUCGAGCUGAGUUUCUGGACUGAAUGUUGCGAAGACUGCAAGAGUUCAGCAAGAUUUGAAGGCGUGGGCAGGAGGUUCCGUCGUAGUGCAAACCAACAAUCAGAAUCUGACCAAUCUGUAGAGAAAAAUCAAGUUUUCGAGACAACUCCUGCACCAACCAGGCGCCGAUCCAAAAACUCUGGCAGGACAACGUCGACAACCGCAGUUCCAACCACCACAAGCACCACUCAAAGCACAACAACCACGGCCUUGACUACAACCACAACUCUUCCGACGACCCCCGCCGAAGAGUCUGCCGAGAAUGAAGAUCACCAAGAGGGGGACAGACCUGAAGAGGAAGAUGACGAAGAGGCCAAGAGCUUAGCAGAGGUUCUGCGGUACGUCAACAAACAGUUGAAAAAGAUCAAACGCAAGAUGAAGAAACUGGAGCACAGGAUCAUUAAUGAGGACUCACACAAACAGCUCAAGCACAACAGCAAACAGUGCACAGACGAUACAGGACACGUCCGGCUGAACGGAGAGAUCUGGCACUUGGACUCGUGCACCCAGUGUCACUGUCUUAAGCACCAGAUAACUUGCACCAGAAACAUCUGCCCUCCGCUAAUUUGCAACCUGCCGCAAGUAGCCAUUACCCAUGAAGGCGAGUGCUGCGCGCGCUGCACACCUCCUAAGGCCUAGGAGGGCCUCCAGCAAGACUAAGCCUAGUCAAUUUUGUGUGGUCCUCAUAUCACAGAAAACACUUUACCACGUAGUCCAACCCACAGAAGAUGUGUGUAAAAAUGUCUAGCAUUAAAAUAUUUGCAGAAAAUCAGCAAAAUCUAUUCCAAUUAUGACAAAAGUUUUAGAAAAGUGGCCAUUUUAUAAUCCUGCCUACAGAAGUUAAAAAGAGUUUAAAUUAAGCAACUUGUAGCAGUCACUUAACUCUUCCUGUAGUGCUGCUCUAGCUCUUAAUAGUGCCACUUUUUCAAUAGUUUUAGCACCGCCUAUUUUCAAAGUGUUCAGUUUUAAGCGUAAUAAAAUUAACAAAAUACAUUAUAAAAAUUAAAAUGUUUCAUGUAUGGUGUGAAUGAAGCUCGCUUGCGAAUGAUCUCUUGAAAUGGCUUAUUAAUUAUUGUAAAAAUCCAUGACUUGAAAUAAUGUAAUUAAGCCUGUUCCGUGUCUAGCUGAUGUGUCAGAAAAUAGUGUGAACUUCUCCUAACAAUAAAAACUUCCA